AUGCGCACUUCUACUUUACUGAGCUGCCUCAUCACCUGGCUCGUUUCUGUUGUGUCUAUGGUGAAAUGUUACGACAACUAUAAAUGUGAACAUGGGGCCAUCAUUUCGGCAGAGCAAAUCACAAACACUCUCACGUCACCAGGGAUAAAAACCAACAAAAUGAGUUCAGUAGUAAUUGAUGACGAAAGAAGACACUUUUACUGGCGGGAAAUCUCAGUCGCGCCUGAGUAUCUCGCCAUAAAUGGAGCGACGUUUAGCUAUCGAGUGGUAUUUUAUAAUGAAGGAAUAUUUUUCGAUAUCCUAGAAGUCAAACAUGCUGAAAUAGGGAGGCAGAUAAUUUCGUGUGAAGCUGUAGAGAGUAAAUCGCUGUUUCGGCGUAAGCGGAUACCUGCGAGAAAUCUUGAGAAUGUUUACAGUAAGAUUGAAAACGUUAUGGGCUAG